CACAUACUUUUUCUUUAACUUUCAGAGUUCCAGGGGAAUCUGGAAGUAGAACGAAGAAGGGAGAUAUAAUGUCAAAGAAGCAUUUCUACAAACAUAACUGUAUAUUAAAACUCAUGGACUGCAGUCUUUAAGUGGAGCUGGAGAUCGAUCGGUCGGCAGGACAGGAUCCAACAACAGAUCGAAGAAGAAUAGAAAUGGCGAACAAGCUCAAGCUCUCCGGGCCUGCCGUGCUGCUCAUCAUCGUGGUGCCCCUUUUCGUGUACGCCGGUGCUCUCCUCAUCGGCAUCCAGCUCGGGCGGGCGCUCGAGAGGAGCCCCGACAGCGCCAGCGUCAGCUUCAGCAUCAGAGGGGCCCUCGCCUACCUCGCAAAGGAGCUCUGGGAUGCCAACAAUGUUUUGGGAUUGGGACGGCAGCGAGGCAGGGGUGAAAGACUAGCGCAGGUGUGGCAACCCGUUUCGGUGAGCCUUGUUCGUGAUUGGAUCCCAUCGCCAUGCGUCGAAGGCCAAGAUAAUAGCAGUGCUACUCCCAAGGCCCAGCAGAGAUAUCGCACAAAUAAUCAUACUUCGCCUCGGGGCGUGAUCAGCGUCGGGACGUGGGGUGGAUCCGGCGGGAAGCCAUUCUACAUGCGUGCGUCCAGCCCUCCUCGCCUCCGCAGCAUCACCUUGUACCAUUCCAGCGCGAUCCACUUCAUGGCUUGCGACUACUACUCCCCAGCUGCUGCUGCUGCUGCUCAGUGGGGGCUCCCGCACUCCUUCGGCUCCAAAGGAGUUCCUGCAGUGAUCGAGCUGUCUGCCGGUGAGCAUGUCACUGCGGUGGCGGGCACGAUCGGCCAUUUCGGGAGCGUCCCCGAUGCCGUCAUCACCUCGCUGACGUUCCGCACCAGCACCGGCAGGACGUAUGGGCCGUACGGCAACAAGACGACGACGACUUUCUCUGUGCCGGCGGCGGACGGCGCCUGCAUCGUCGGCUUCUGGGGGCGCUCCGGCUGGCUUCUCGAUGCCAUUGGGGUCUACAUCAAGCCAUCAUGCUCCUCCUCAAACCCGGCCGGCUACAACUACAGCCAUCAGCCAUACGCCGUGCGCCCGCCCACCGAGAUGGAGCAAAGGAAGAUUUAAAAGGCUGCUGGCUUCUUGACGCCAUUGUUGGCUGGGGUUUGCUUGUGCUGCUGUUGUUACAAACUACUGUAGCUUUGCUUGUGCUGCUGUUACAAAAGCAUAAAUAAAUGUGCGUUAGACUGGUGGUGAUAGCAA